GAUUUAGAGGUUUUCACCGAUGCUAGCCUUUCAGGAUGGGGGGCUUACUGCAUGGGUGAGAGCACCCAUGGCUGGUGGUCAGGAAUAGAUAAAUUGAAGCACAUUAACUAUCUAGAGCUGAAGGCGAUAUUCCUUGGACUGAGAUUCUUCGGGAAACAUUCUUUCGAUGAAAAGAUUCUCAUCAGAACGGACAAUACAACUGCACUUUCUUACAUAAAUAAAAUGGGCAGCGUGCAGCAUCCAGAAUUGAACGAGCUAUCUCGUCUCAUCUGGAAGUGGUGCGAAACGAAAAAUGUAGUGUUAUUCGCAUCAUACAUAAAAUCGGAGGACAAUUGGCAGGCAGAUAGGGCUUCACGCAUUCUACCUCCCGAGACGGAAUGGUCAUUAAAUAAUGACGCUUUUAAGACAAUUGAAAGAAAUUUUGGGACUCCCGAAAUUGACUUAUUUGCCUCUGCUAAUAACUAUAAAUGCAAAAAAUAUAUAUCGUGGUAUAGGGAUUCCGGGGCAUACGCUGUAGAUGCAUUCACUUUGGAUUGGUCGGCUUUAUACUUCUAUGCGUUUCCUCCGUUCGCCAUGAUUAGCAGAGUGUUACAGAAAAUUUCAAAAGAAAAAGCUGAGGGUAUAAUUGUAGUACCUCUUUGGAAAUCCCAAGCUUGGUACCCGCUUUUUCUCAAGUUGAUCACACAAUCACCAAUAAUUUUUGAACCAAAGAGUAAUUUAUUGAUCUCUCCCUACAGCAAUGCAGCUCAUCCUCUGGCAGACCAACUUACCCUGGUGGCCGCGAGAUUAUCCGGAAAGCCUUUAUAAUGAAGGGCGUACCCAGGGAGGCAAUCAAUACAAUACUCGGCUCACUUUCUACUUCAACCAUUAAUCAGUACAAUACCACAUACAAACAUUGGUGGAAUUUUUGCGAUAAGAAUGAAUUUUCACCUUUUGAUGGAAACCCUAACAAUAUUUUAGCAUUUCUACAGAACCUUUUGGAGACAUCUAAUAAUAGCUACGGUUCAUUCAACAGUCACAGGUCAGCCCUAUCCUUAAUAAUGCCGAACGAUAUAGGAAAUCACCCCCAUAUAAAACGUUUUUUGAAGGGUGUGUUCCGUAAACGACCACCUACUGCAAAAUACGACACCACGUGGGAUCCUAGUCAGGUUUUAGAUUACCUGCGC